AUGGUGGUGGGACAGGACCAGCGUCUUUUCGCCGCCCAUGAAGAUGUCCUGUCGGUUUCGCCGUACUUCGGUGCUGCUCUCAAGGAGCAGUUUCUGAAAGACGGCGCAAAGCAGCUGGCAUUGCCAGAGGAGGAGCCCGAGAUUCUGUCGUGCGUCCUCGAGUUUCUGUAUAAGGGCGACUACUUCCCACGCUUGCUGCACGGCAAGCGCCGAGACUCUUGGUACCUCGAGAACGCGCACGAUAUCCAUAACACCGGUGGUCGCGGGUCGAGCGAGGCGACGUUCUUCCACCCCGCAGUGGGAGACGUUGUGCUCCGGGACACGGUUGUGUACUGCACUGCCGAGAAGUACGGCCUGGAGGAGCUCAAGCGCCUUGCUCUUCGAAAGCAGGGCCUCCAGAGCGGAAUCCCGGCCGACGUGAUCCUGCGGUCUGCUCGCUUUGCCUAUGACAAUACGCCUGAUUCCGAGUCUCGGCUGCGCGCUCACUAUCUGGCUCUCAUCAUCCGAAGCCGCAAGACAUUCAAGCGGAGUGGGACCAUGCAGAUGGAAAUGGAAAACGGCGGCAAGUUGUUUUUUGAUUUGUUCGUGGCAAUGUGCAACCACAUGGACGACCUUGCGGAGAUGCGGUAG